GGACGAGGCAGAGGGAGAACCCGGGAAGGAAAACCAGUAGCAGCAGCCGCAGCAGCAGCAGCAGCCGUCGCCGCCACCACAGCACUAGCAGUAGCGACAGUAGCAGCAUUUAGCCGUAGCUUUAACGGGGUAGUGACAGUGGCAGCUUCCCUCCUUCUCUCUCCCUCCCGCCGAAAGCCACAGUACCGCACCGAGCGGGCUCCAGCGCCUUGCGCGCAGCCGUCUCUCGAGGUAGCCACGGCCCGAGCUAGAGCUGGUGCGGGCCAAGCGCAGACCCCCGGCGCAGCUGGCAGCCACUGAGGCACUGAGCUCCAGGGCCAAAGCCCAACAGCUCUGACAGCAUCUAGCAAGGCGGCGGCGGUGCCUGAGGGAGAGAGGCGCGUCCACCUGGCGGGCCUGGCGCAUGGAGCUCAGGCAGAGGUGGCGGCAGCGGCAGCAGUAGCAGCGGCGGCAGCUAGAGCAACGGCGGCGGUGGCGGGAGCCCAGCUUUAACUGUGGCCGCGCUCACUCCAGCGCCCGCUGCCUGAGCCCGCCCGCGACGUGCACACAGGAGUCGGCCUGCGAGUUGUCUGAUAGUCAAGAAGACCACUAAAUCAGAAGCAAUCAUAACACAUUCUCUCUGUUGGACAACAUUUGGACUUGGAAUGAAACAAUAAGAGGUUACAUUCAUGGAUAACCAACAAGAUAAGGCUGUUGUUGCCUCAGCCAAUGGAGAAAACACUCUGAUUAAUGGGGUCAAAGAAAAUGAUUCAGACAACCAGGAUAUGGCAAUGAAGUCAUUUGCAGCUCUAGAGGCUGCUGCACCUGUCCAGCCUAUACCAGUGGUUCAAAAAGAGACCCUGAUGUAUCCCAGGGGUCUCUUGCCCCUGCCCUCCAAGAAGCCCUGUAUGCAGAGCCCUCCCUCUCCUCUGGGCCUGAUUGAAGCACCUGAGCAUGCUGCUAAUAGUGCUUCUGUGAAUGCCAUCUCCCUUACAUCUGGUGUUGGAAAAGGCCUGAACACAUGGUCACUGCCAAAUGAGUGUGAGAAAGCUUCAUUUGCCAUAAUGGAGCCUGCAGGCAUGUCAGCUCUGAAUGGGGACUGCCUCAUGCAGCCAAGUCGGACUUGCUUGGGCUGCUUCAUGGAAUCCAAGGAUGCAGUAGAUCCUGAGCCAGGGAUCAGUUUAAAAGUUGGUGAUCUAAAUAGGGAUUACGAAACCUGUGCAGUCUCUGAUAUAGGGAUUCAGUGUAUUAAUGCUGGAGAAAACAUGAAAUAUGGAGAGCAGCUGCUCUCAGACCAGCUCCUGGGCUUCCCCCUACACAAAUCAAGGGCGGGAGAUAGACGAGAAGCUGAGAAACCUGACAUUGAUUUGGAGGAUCCAGCUCAGAAAAGUUAUUAUGAGGCAUUACUGUUAGAUAAGUGCAACACAGAAGAGGCUUUACUGGCAAAUUCCAAUCAGGAUUGGGGUUACUUUGAGACUUUCAUUAGUGAGAGUAAAAUUGAACUGCUUGACCUUUGUUCCAAGAAUGAGCUGUCUGUCAACCUAUUUUCUGAAGAAGAUGUGGAUAACUACAUGUUUGAUGAUGAUGAGUCAACACUAGGCAGUGAUGUCUGCUCCCUGAAAAUUCGAUAUGAGUCCUUUCAGGACAAUGUUCGAGACAAAACCACCCUUCUGAUGCAGGAGGAUGCCCAGUUCAACUUUUUUCCCAGUGUCUUUACUACCUGCCCCAAGCGGGAGUCUAAGAGUGGGACCCUGAAGCAGAGCAGCGAUCUUUCCCAAUUCAAGGUCCCUGACAUGAGCAUCAUCUGGGGGGAAGAAGAUAAAAAUCUGGACAAGAAGAAGGGCAAAGAAGAAGGACAGGAAGACAAAGGUGUGGAGAAAAAAGAUGGAAAGGAUAAUGGAGAAAAAUCUGCCUUAAGUAAAUCAUGCAGUGGGACUGAGGGAGGGCAACUUAAGAAUCCAAAGCAGGGCCAUCUUGCCAAUUCCUUGGAGGCAUCAGGGAAUUUCAGUGAUGACAGUUCCUUCAUUGAGGUCUCUUAUGAUGCCAUGGGGGAGAUCAAAGACUGUACCCGCUAUAUGGCUCGGGACAAUAAUUCUGGCAGCUCCUCCUCCCAGCAGAACUAUGGGCUGCGAGCAAAGAGAAAAGUCAGGUACAGUGAAGAUUAUCUAUAUGAUGUUGACUCACUAGAGGGUGAAAAAGUAAAUGAGAGGAAGGAAUGGCUGCCAGGUGGUUCCAAAGAGGAAGAUGAUGAUGAAUGGUGUCCCAAAAAAAGAAGAAAAGUAACCCGUAAAGAGCCCCCUGUUAUUAUCAAAUACAUUAUCAUCAAUCGCUUUAAAGGUGAGAAGAACAUGCUGGUGAAGUUGGGCAGGGUGGAUGCUAGUGAGACAACAGUGAAUUUGAGUGAGCAUCAGCUAAACAAAUAUGCCAAGCUGGCACCCUUAAAGGGCUUCUGGCAGAAGAAGAAGAAGCAGAGAAACAGCAGCACAGAAUCCAACAAGACACACUUAUGCCCAAAGCAAAGCUUUGAAUCAGGUAGCUUUGAGGUGUCAUUCCUGCCACCGACUCGCAAACGAAAAUCUAAGCUUGGCAACAGGCACAGGAUUCAAAGAAUCCCAUCCGUGGAAACUUCAGCAAGUGGUAAGCAAGUUUCAUUCUGCAGUGAUCAGAGGCAAGCUAGUAGUCAUAAAGAAGAUGGAAGCCUGAAAGGUACACUGAAAUCUCCUAACUGUGCAAAUGGAUCACAUUUAAAUGACAUCACAGGCCCAGACUCAGUGAAAUUCAAAUCUCAAGAUACAGAAUUUAAGGGGCCAGAGAGAAGAGUGCUCAACAAAAUCAAAUUUAAAAGUGAAGCCAGAUUAAAAUCUAAGAAACUCAAAGCUGGGCAAGAAAGCAAGCCAGUUGUUCAGAUGAGCCCUCUUUUGGAAGACCGAUCCUCCAAGGAUAAUUUAAACAAUGAAGCUGUUCCUGGGACCUCAAACAGUUCCAAUUUAUCUGAAUUUCAUGAAGCAAAGAUUGCUAAGAAUUCUACUUUCCUACCAACAACCUGCUCUUCUGAAAUGCCUCUAUCAUCUGCUAAUGUUGCCACCAAUAUACCUGUUAUACCUGGAGGGUACCUGCAGACAUUGUUAGAUGCUUCUGACUUGUCAAAUAAUACUGGUAUCUCAUACUUCACUCAACAUUCUCCAGAACAAAAUGAAGGCAGCCUCACUCAAACAGAAAAAUCAUUUGCACCUCUCCAGCCUUCCCAGGACUGCGUGCUUUCCUCACCUUCUGAGUCUGAGCUACAGCAGUCAUCCCAAAAUUUCAAAAUGGAAUCAAGCGACUAUGAAAAUGUGUGGCCCAACAAGCCUGCUUCUAGUCCCCAGAAAUUCAUAGCUGAAGUCUCAAGUGAGACAGCUCCAAACCAAUCCAGUGAAUUUGGAGUCUCCCAGGUAGUGUCCAUGGAAAAUAAUCUCACAGCUACAACAUACAAUCCAAUCUGUCUCAAUAACGGUGGCAGUAGUUGCAACAAGGUCCUAUAUGCCUCUGUGCAAGACACCCAUCUUGCAUCUGAUGACUCAUAUCAAUUGUGUCACUUUAAUAAUGCAGAGAUCUGCUUUCCUUUCCAACAAGGCCCAGUCAAUAUAGAUGAUGGUCAACUCUUUAGCUUUGAUUCCAUGGCCCCACUCUCUGUCAAUUCAGGCAAUUAUUGCUCUUUAAGCUUGAAAUCCUGUGAAAAGGAUGGUGAUGAUGAUAUCACAGAUGACUUCCUGGCCCAUUGCAGCCCUAAGCUGGUGAUCCAGCAGAACACUGAUGAAAUAGCACCACUAAAGGAGUCCACUGACCUCCUGGAUAUCUCCAACUUCACUCCUGACAAAUUUCGCCACUCUUCUCUCUCAGAGCUGUCCCCACCUGACACCCCCAGUAUUUCCCCUCAAAUUACCAGAUGUGAGAGUACAAAGACAUUAGGAACACUGAAAGGGUUCCAAGAGGGUGUUCCAGGACCACUGGGCAAUAUGGAGAAGAUCAAGUGGGACUGCAGUACACUUUCACAGCAAGUCCAAGUGGAGGAAGGAUUUUCUUUAAAUGACCAUCAGUUUCAGUUCCAUAUGUUCAACGAUGAGGAUUCUGUCAGCCUGCUCCAAAAAACCCCUUGCUUAUCAACGUUUAAUGAUCCAUCUAGUCAAAUGAAUACAAACAACAAAGUUUCAAAAUCAAGAAAGAAAAGUUCACCCAACAAGAGUGGGGCUAUGAACCAAAGCUCUUCUCAGAAAAACACCAGGAAAAAAUCCCCCAAAGUCACCAACAAAGGGAUUGAAAAGCCAUCUGGUAAAACCUUCCGCCAGGUCCCUAAGUCAACAAAGAAAGGGAAAUACAUGGCUGCAAUCAAUGGAGAGAAAAUGCAAACUGACAUUGGCCAUGGGGGAGGUCAAAUCAACAACAUAUCCUCCACGGGGAAGACACUGACUGAAUGUAUCCAACAUGGUGAUCCUGGGGCCUCUAUGAAGAUGACAAGUCAGAAGGGACUUUCUGGAGAUUGGGCUUUGGGGAAAGACAGCAGCCCAGGCUGGAGCGACAUGAGCAUGGGCACCAACACCAACAACCUGCUAGAUGAUGACCAGCGGGAAUUUCAAGAGCCUUCCUAUAUCUUGUCCAACAUUGCCUCUGGUAUGGCAGAUGUGCAGAGAUUCAUGAUGGCCUCCAUAGAGCCCCUUUGGGAACCGAUGCAGCACCAUGGGGACCCCAACAUAUUAUAUUCCCCUGAGUCCAAUAGUCUAAAAUUAAAAACACUCAAAAUAUUGGCUGGGACACCACAGGAAUCUAAGAAAAAAGUCAACAAUGGGUCACCAGGAGCCACUAAGAAUCACAGGUCCGUCAAGGGUGUGAGUAAAAGCAAUGGGAAAGCAGCAAUAGGUGAUCCUGGUCGUGCAAACAUGCCUGGUUAUAACGAGGACUCUCGCUCUGCCUUCUUUGAUAAAAAGUAUAAUAACCUGAGCACUUUAGGCAAUAAUGGACCAACACACAAAAAGUUAUAUCGUCACAAAUCCAGCUCCAAGGCCUUGAGAGAUGAGAAGUGUAAGGGAAAGCGCAUGGAGCGAGAACAGGUCCACAAGGAUGAGGCUGGGACAGCUUCUUUUGAAAAACUGAGGGAUUCCGACUACAAUCUCCUAAAAGCAGAAACAGCAUUUUGGGUUUUACCUGUAUUUGAAGAAGAGGCUCGCAUUUUCCAGAAAGACAUUUGAUGUUUGUAUUUUAUUUCUUUCAAAAUAUGCCUUGUGGUAUGUAUGUUGACAUGUAAGUGCUUAAAGAAAAGAGUUUUUAAGUCUGGGAAUAAGUCUUUGGAAACAAACUUUAAUCUGAUAUUCUAUGUAAAAGACUUUAAAAGUCACACAGUUGCACAAGUAGUUUAUGCACUAUUUACCCAAGGGGAAAAAAAGGAAAACAUUGUGCCAAACUACAAACAAGUGACUCUAUUGUAUAUAUUUUUACUUCUAUAUCAACAUUUGGUUGUGAGUAUUUGGGGAGCUUGUCCCUGUCGAUUUACUAGAAACAUUCCAGUGACUCUUGCUAUUAACCACCCCAACCUUAUGUGGAUAGCACCUAUAGAUCACAGUGAAAAAUAUGUUGUGCUACAUAAUUUACCAAAACUUAAAGGAUACUGUUUGAAAUGUGCCAAAUUUCUUUACCUCAUCUCACAGAUUCACCCCACAGUUUAAAGAUCAUUAAUAAAUUUUAAAAUAUAUAUAUAUGUGCAUACAUACAUUAUUUAAAUGUUUUAAGCUCUACUGUCCUAUGUGGAAACAUGAAGAAUUAAACAUGGCACAAUAUAGGUUUGUUUGUUCCAUUGCCUGAGGGUUAAAAUGUUGGAAAAGUCUGGAAGUCACAAUGGCUAAGUCCAUCAGGGACCCAAGCAUAUACAUUUACAGAACCUUUUACAAGGAAAUAAAACAGCUGAUUUAAAGUUUGUUUUCUAAAAGCAAAAUCUGUAGCUGAAAAUUAUUUAAAGUGCAAAGUUAUAUUGCUGAUACUUUAUAUCUCAGUUUUAUAUAUUUUAUAAUGGUCUGGGAUAAAUUAUAAAAUAACUAUAAAAUCAACACUAAUGAUAAAUGAAGUACGUAGCUUGCUUUUAUUUAUUUCCUACAUGUUUUAUUCCAGUUUCGUCAAAAGUGCACUCAUAUCAUGGCUUUAGUUGUUCUCUAAGUGUUUAAUCUUGCAAUGCUAAUGUUAUUUAAAGAAAAUGUUAUGAUAUUUCGGUACAAUUGCAUAUAUAUAUAUAUAUAUAUAUAUAUAUAUAUAUAUAUCUCAAGUCAACUAACAGUUUAUGGUAAUGACUGAUUUGGGCCAUAUAUACUUAGUCUGAGGAUGACUAGUAUUUGAUGCCACACACUAAACUUAAAUUUCAAUUUUUUACAUAUAUUUUUAAAAUCACAUUUUUUAUUCCAUCCUACCCCCCUUUUUUAAAAUUUCACAGCUCCAACAUCCCUCACUACAAGCUUUUUCUUCCCCUUUAUUUACCACUUUACUUCUAACAUUUGAUCUAUUUUUCUUGCACAGUUGAAGGCCUGUGUGUCUGAUGACUGAUGCAUUAUGGCACAGAUGAGAUAAUGGAUAUGAAAGCGCUUUGUAGAUCGUAAAGUGCUAUACAGAUAUAGGGGAUUAAUAUUAUUAAUGUUGUUGGUUGUUGUUGUUGUUAACCUUACUAUUCUUACUAAUAUUAUUACUCACCUAUUACCUUUUGAAUAUAUAGCCUGUGGGUGGAAGGGUGGAGAAUAAGUGGGUGGGGGAAAGGGGGAUUUUUAAAAAAGGGGGGAAAUGUUUCAGAAGGAAAAUUUAAGCAAAAUAUGAAUCUACCUAGUUAUUGCCACCGAAAUAUAUUCAGAAACAGAGAAAAAACAUUUGAAAGUAGUCAGAGACAAAUGGAUGGAAGCCUGUCACAUAUAUUGGCAUACACACUUCCCAGUCCAUGAUUCAUUUCACCAGCCUGCUCUACUACUUAUAGCUAGGUUGUAAAAUGAACAAGCCUGUGUUUUUGAUGGUGUGAUUGUGUGUAUCUGUAGGGAUGAGUGGGUGAGGAGCAUUUUGUGAAGCUGCUUCAGGCCUGUUUCUAGGCUUUGAUGCUCUGUAUGUAAUGAGUCCUAGAAAAUCGGUUACUGAAAAGGCACCACAUGAAACAUCUCCUGCUCUGCAGCUGCCAUCCAAAGGGAAAAUAAUCCAACUAGACCAAUUUCUUCUAUUUCCCCACUCUGAUAACUAGCUGUUUGCACUAAAUUCUAUGGCUGGUUCCUAGGAGCUGGUAUUCGUUCUGUUUUUGUUUUUUUUCUAUCUUGCAGCUGAAUUUUGGUUUGGAAUCACCAACUCUGCCUAUAUUGUGAUCCCCAUGACUCCAGACUUCAAAGUCACCUGCUGGCAAUUAAAAGAAGAAAUAAAUAAAAUGUUCCAUGAGUACAAUGUGUUUUAUAAAAAAAGUAAAUAUGAGAGCAGUUGUCCAGUUUUUUCUCAGUAUCAGUUCAGCUUUCAAGAAGGGGUGGGUGGGACAGAAGGACAACCUGAAACUACUGAAAACAAACAAUUUUCUUGCUGUCAUUAGUCCUUUGCAAUAGAUGCUCUUUUAGUUUCUCCUGUGAAGCUCACUGGGGGACCAAGUCUAGGGCAUGAUUCAUCCUUUUCUCCAAAAAGAAUUGCCAUUUUAAAGUACCUUUUAAAAAUUGACCUUCAGUGUAUUAUAAGUUUUUAACAUAUAAAUUAGUGUCCGGUGACCAAUCACUUUCUAUUACAAUAUAACUAGAAACUGAGUUGGAGUAAUGAUCAAUAGGACAAGUCAUAAGAUGCUCAUUCUCUUAAUUAUACUUAUAAUAUCCCCCUCAGUACAUGAUGUUCUGACUUCGGUUUUUAGGGCUUUGUUAAUACUGUCUCCCCUCUGAAAAUUCUUUUUUUCCUGUCACAACAUAGUAGGCCUGACUUUUUGGAGAUCCCUUAUUCAACCAACUGCCUUAGUGGAGUGAGAACCAGUGAUAUAAAAAUAAUGUUUUGCCCUAACACUGAUAUCUCAAGUCAGAUGUAUGAAAUUUUCCUUGGUCUAAAAUUCCUGACUGCCGCUACCUACAAACAUCUCCUCUCUGAGAAGCUGCUUCUUAUUAAUGCCUUCCCCAAUGAAUCUCAUUUAAGUUUUACUUUCCCAGAAAUGGUAUUUUCUCUUAUUCUUCUUACUUAAUCUCAGUCCUUGGUCUUACAGUUUUUUUCUUUUAUAAUCUAAUAUUCCACCUCCCCAAAGUAUCAGACUGUAUGAACCCUAACCAGCCUACUCCCCUGUGGAAGUUCAAAGAAGAAACUUCUCACUCCUAAUUACCUUUAAUUGCUUUGAUCACUUUCAAAUCUAAUUUUAAACACACAUUCACACACAUGCACAGAAUUAUGUCACAUGACUGAGGAAAGUUGGAAAUUCCUUUUCCUUGAAAAUCUAUAAGAAUAGAUCUGAUCCCCUUUCUAUCCUAGUUAGGUGCUGGACUGUGUGGAGGAGGGUGUUGAAACAGUAGCCUUGACCAAGGUUCUUUGAGACUUUGGGAUUAUAUUUGGGCUGUGAUAACUGGCAUGAAUGGCCUCUCUGGUGUCUCAUAUACCACCUUCCUAUGCUGCUUCCUUCCAUCUUUCUCUUCUGACUUCUUGUUACUCUGUGCAAUUAUGUGUUAAGGCCUUACCAUUUCCUAAUGUUUUCAAACAUCCUGCACUACCUUGACCAUCACUUCUUUAGUUAUUCCCCUGAAGUCCUUGGUGCUAGGUGGGCUUUUGUGACAACUUUCAUCUUCUCUGUUUUUGCUGGGAUGCAUCGGUAUCUGCUAAAGAGGGGGGGGGGAGGUAAGUGUGUGCAUAACAAAAAAGCAUAAAGGAUGCUUCACAAGCUGUAAGCAAUUCUGGCUAGCAUCCUAUGUUCUGUUAUGUGAGGUUCUGCAGUUUUAGUGAAUUUCCAGUUUAGUGGGUUGUAAUCAGCAUUUACUGCCUAAAGGAGAAAAACCAUACCCAAGGACCUCUUAACUAAGCUUGCUCUUACCAAGUUGAACCAUUUUGAUGCAUACCUGCCACAUCUUCAAUUUACAGAUGCUCUCAGACCAGCCCCAAGAAUGGAAGAGAGCUAAGUUUCUGCACCGAAGAGGAGAAUGGAGCACUAGCUAGUCCUAACUAGUGCUAGAACUAGAAAUGUUUGUUGAGAAAUUAACUAAUUUAAGGAGUUUUUGUUUUCAUUUAGAGAUUUUUUAAAUGACUACCCAUCACUAUAGGAAUAUGUCUUUUUAUUAUAUAAAACUAAUGUGAGAUUUCUUUUCUAAUCAUAAAAUUCACUGAGCAAAUCAUUAUGUUGAGAAGGUUUAGUACCAAAAUCAAUCAUCUUAGUAAUCAAUCAAAUAGGGAUCUUGUCAAUACAAUGUAGGCCAGGGAUUUUGUAAAGGUGUCUCGAGUACCUGAAUAAAAGAGAAAAAACUGUCUUGGCUGUUUAAACUUGGGAAACACGGUCACCUGCUUGAGAGUCCUCAGCCAGCAUGGCAUUAUUUUGAUGACAGCGCUCAGGCUAUCCUUUAAGGCACAUUAUUUUUUUUACUUGGAGAGUUAAACAGUAACUACAGUCAUGAAGCAGAGCCCCCAUUACAGAUACAUGAUUCUUGAGAUGUACUCUUGGUUUCAGAAUCAUAACUAAAAUGUAAAUGUCAUUAGAGAAGGACAAUGUAAAAGAAAGAGGCUUAGUACAAAGUUGAAGGUAUGAAUGAGGCUUUUAAAAUUAGUAUCUGGGUGAAUAGAUACUAAUGCUAACACUCAUCAACAUGAGAUAGAAAGGUUGUAUGUCCAUCUAACAGGCUCACUGGUUUCUGAGUCUUAAAAAGACAUCCCCCUCAAGAAGAAGAAAGGAGAUAUUUAAAUCAUUUUGCCUCUUUGAGAGACACCUGGUUUUACAGCACAAAGGGAAAAGGCUUAGAAUGAAAAGUAGAAGAGGUCUUUUGUUUUUGACUCCCAGGGAGGGGUGAGAAAGCUUAAGAUGCUCUACUGGGAUACCUGUAGCACUGACUAGGGUUUGAUGCCUACAGAGUUUUGAAUGUACUAGUCCUUAAUUUAAUUUCCAUAAAACUGAAUGCACCUCUUUGGUAAGUUACUGAUUUAUGGUGCUAAAAAAAAA